AUGGAGUUGGGUACGAGGCGCCGCCGGCGUUCCUCCGAGCCAGGCCCUGCCGGCGGACCGGACUACCUCAGCGCCCUCCCCGAGGAUCUUCUCCUCCUUGUCCUCGCCCGCCUCGGCUGCGCCGCCGCCGCCGCGCGCACCGGCCUCGUCUCCCGCCGAUGGCGCGGCCUGUGGGCCCGCCUCCGCGAUCUCGCCUUCCGGGGCGUCGCCUUCCCGUCGCUCCAGGUGGCGCUCGGCCGCGUAGCCCGCCCCCCUCCCGCGGUCUCCCUCCUCCAGAUCCGCGUCUCCGAUGAACACCUGCCCAUCUCCGACGCCGAUGACGUCACAUCGGUGCUGCGCGCUGCCGCACUGCUCGCGCCGGAGAAGCUCGUCUUCGCCCUCCCGUGGGACCCAGAUCCGACUUCCACAGAGGUGGACCUGCCGUGCUUCCACCGCGCCACCUCGAUCGUGCUGGAGUGGAUCCCCUUCGUCCUCCGCACACCGGCUGCCGGGGCCGAGUUCCCCGCGCUCCAGACGCUGACCCUCACGGGCUGCCAAGUGGACGACCUCGGCGCCUUGCUCUCCCUCUGCCCACACCUGCGCGUGCUCAGGCUCAAGGGCCUCAUUUGGCUCGGCGACUACGACUGGACAGUCCACUCAACGUCACUGCAGGAGCUUGUCAUGGACAGCGAGAAUUUGAGGGCACGGCCGGUCGACAUCGUUGCCCCAUGCUCAAGCAAUUGA